CAUUUUUUUUCCAGUUUAUCUGUGUCAAUAACAACAACAACAACAACAACAACAACAACAGUGGACUGAUUGUUUAUUACUGGAACGAUUAUUCGUUUACUAAACAAGAAAUAAAAAUCAUUAUCAUCAUCAUCCAUUUAGAUGAAUCUCGAUUGAUUUUUUUUUGCUUUUUAAUUAAAAUUUUCUUUUUGAAUACACGAAUAGAAGAAGGAAUUUACCUUGUGUGUGUGUGGAUGGGUGUACAGUUAUUUCAUAAAUAUUUCAACGACAACAACAACAACAACAGUGAAACGACCAUGAAAUCGAUUUAACAAUGAUGAUGAUGAUGAUGAUGAUGGUGACAUUUUUGUUGUUGUUGUUGUUGUGAAUCUUUCUUUCAUUUUGAAUUUUGUUACACACUAUGUUUUUCUGGUCAUGGAGAAAAGAAUCCAACUGGAUCGUAUAUGAAACGUACGCACGAACGAUUGAUAAAAAAUGAAUGAAUUUUAUCAUUCGGUUUGGAUGAAAAAAAAACCCGGAAUCGUGAUUAAACUAUCAAAUUUAAUAACGGUGAAAAAAAAAAAACAGCGAGUGAAUUUUUGGGUUUCAUCUAUCCGCCAUCAUCAAGUGAGAAAAUAAAUUCCUCAUCGUUUGGGGCCAUCACCAGUACAUCAAUUGAUCAUGAGUGCAGCUGUGAUUGGCCGACAAUUACGGCAACAACAGACAACUAAUCGGGCACCUGGACCAGUAGUACCGCCAACACAUUAUCGAGGUAGACCAAUCAACAUUAAUCAUAAUUAUAAUGAUCAACAACAAAUAUUUUUGGCCAAUGGUGUUGAUUUUUUCAAUGAUCAAGGCGCUGAUGUUAAUUCAAAAUUUGCCAAAUUUUCGCAACAAUAUAAUCAUAGUUCAUAUGAAUUUUAUCCACAUCCUGCACAUCGUGAAACAAAUAAUAAUAAAAAACAUGGUCAUGGUCAUAUGAAUAAAUCUGUAAAUAAUAAUAGCAACGGCAGUAGCAAAAAAACGAAAGAAAAUCAAAUGAUUUUUAGUAAACAUUGUUUUUGUGUUGCAUUCAAAGCAUUAAGUACGGGUGUUAUAUUAUUUUCAAUCGGUACCAUUAUGUCUAUUGUUGGAUUUUUUGCCGAUUCAUUAGCACUGGAACCAAUUCAAUUGAAUAAUGGUACCUAUACUACUACUAUUAAUAAAGAUACCAAAUUACAUUUACAUAAUAUGACUUAUGUUGGCCCAGUCAUAAUGGGUCUUGGUUUUAUCGUUAUUGUUGCCGCUUGUGUAUUAACGUUCGAAGUACGUGAUACAUUGGGCAUUAAAGAUGAUCCAAAAAAUAGAAAAAAAUCUAUUCAACAAAAUCAUCAUCAUCAUCAACAACAAACAACCACCACCACCACCACCACCACCACCAUUAGCAUUACCGCCAACGAUAAAUCAAAGUGAUAA